GCCAGCCCAAAACGAACAACGCGAAAACGGAAGGAGUGCAGGUCGGGCUGAAGGGCGACAGCCCGGCCAAAGAGGGCCCUCCAUGUUUUCAACCAACCUCGCGCGGGAAGGAGCCGGGCGCCCGGGGCCCGCAGACGGCCUCGAGGCGACAGCGCGGGCGGGCGAGGCGGCGACGGCGCGCGCAGAAUCCCAAACGCCCAAGCGGGAAGGGACUGGCCAAAUGGCCGACCAAAUUAAAUACUGAGCAGGCAAACGAACGCAGAUCUCUUGCACAUCAGAGCGAGGGCGUCACAGCAUCGAGCGAUCAACGAGGCGCACAACUUCAUUGCAAAGGCGACGCGGGUAGGCGGCAGCCUGGGCAGCAAGGUGGACUCCAUCGCGAUGGCCAGUGAGGAUGGCGCGGGGCCGCUGGGUUCUGGAGCAGAAGCCGCGACGGCCGCUGCAGCAUCUGCUCAAAAACUUGAGGUCGACCGCGCUCCAGGCAGCAACAGAAGUUCGCUUUCUCCGCGCCGCCCCCAACUGGCAGCAAUCGAAAGUGGCGAACUGAGCCGUAGAAUGUUGAAGUAGCCGCCGCAUUCGCCGAACAUGGCAAAGCAGAGACCCCGCGGGGUUCUCAAUGGACACAGGGAUGCGACGCUCGACGCGCUGUUCAAUGGUGUCACAGCUAAGGUUGAAAGACGUGCUGCCAACGCGCAAGUUGGCCGCUGCAUGCGGGGGCAGCCCCUGGCGGCCCGUCGGGCGGGCGCGCGUCCUGAGGGGGGCCCUCGGCGCCUGCGCCCAUGUCGUGCAGGGCGCCCCUAGCCAGACGGCGCUCGCGACGCGGGCGGCCAGCUGCCCCUUGAGGGCGAGCAGGAAGGCGGUGACAGAUGGUCUUCAGUGGCGCCAUGGCGGAUGUCGAGAUCCAUGCCCGCCGGCACCCGCCGCUGCGCGGCCUCGGUCAGACGACCCGAGCUGGCGAAGAGCUCCAGCACCGCGCGCCGCAGCCGCCUGCCGCGGACAGCUCCGCCCGCGCUGCGUCUCGCCAGCCGCGAAUGGCGCGCCUGCCAGAGCGGCGCCGCCAGUCGCCGGCGGGGCGCAGGCCGCCUCGGCACCUUCCUGCCCGCCAUCGGCGGCGCGAGGCCCAGCGCGCAGAGCGCCGGAGCUGGCGCCCGCGCGAGAUGGCCCGCUCUGUCGAUGCCGCGCUCGAGGAGCGCCACCAGGUUCGCCUCGACACGCGCCCCGAAGGUGAAGAUCGUGGCAUUCACUCUGGCUAUCUCGCCGAGAAGGGCGCUCUCCUUGCCGCGGCGCCGCGUCGACGAUGGGGCGGUCCACCUCCCGCGGCGCUGCGCCUCGACUGGGUCGCGGCGGCCAGCGAGCAGGUCGUCGGGCGGCCCGCCGCGCCGCAGGGGGUGAAGGCGGGGUCGCAGCGCCCCGAGCCUCAGGGGCUAGGGCGCGGCAGGUGGCCCCGAAGCGAAGGGUGUUGCCCUCCGGGCAGAAGGCCCGCAGCGACGCGCUCGGCGCUGCUGCCUGGCGAAAAGGCAGCCGAGAAUGGCCGCGGCUCGGACCGGCCCGACAUCGCGCCGUCGCCGCACUGGCCAGUCUUCCCUGCAACGCCUCUCUCGUUGGGGUGCAGCAGAGGCCCCAGCUCGACUGGCUCGCGCCCGCUGCUGGCAUUGGUGGCGCCAGACUCUCGCGCGUCAAGCUCUGGGCCUCGGCGGGCCUCGAGCAGGCCGCAAACGCGAUCGUGGUCCAGCGCGCCAUGCCGAGGCUGAUGAGCCACCCCGCGACUGCGCGCGCCGCUGCCCACGGCAGGGGCAGCCGCGUCUCACCUGGCGCCCGCCUCUUCCAGGAAGCGGGCGCCCGACCCCCGGGGGCGGAGCGACGCGAUCUUCUUGAACAUCGAGGGGUCGCUUGCGCGAUCGCUACCACUGUCUUCGAUCCGAUGUUGCGCGCUGUCCCCAUCUGGAAAUGAUCAGAAAUACUGUGCCAGAACGACGUCGAGCUCCUCGAGUGCGCUCCAGCCCAGGCGGCGCUGACUGCGCCAGUCGACGAAAGUCUGCAGCAGCAGGCGAUAGCUGCGCUUGGUGUUCGCGAGGAUGGCCAGAGUCACAAGCAGCGCGAGUCCUGCCAGGAUGGGCCUCUCCGCCGCCGCCUGCCGCGCGAGCCUCCGCCUCUGGGCCGCCGCCGCCUCGGCGCCUGGCGCGCGCGAGCCCCGCUCCGCGGCGGCGCCGUUGGGGCCCGCUAUGCCUGUCGCCAAAUCGACGUCCAGCAAGCUUUGGGCACGGCCCCAGCAGCUCGCGCUGCCCGCUGAGACGGCCACGUCGGCCGCGGCUGACAGCGUCGGAUGGGGCUCCGUUCGGAAGCCAUCCAUCGCGCGCGGGGCCUCGAGCCCGACGCAAUCGACAACGCGCGAGCCCGACCAAGACAUUGCCGUAGGCGCCGACCCUGGGCUCCAAAUUUC